CUUGCAGGCCGAAGUUGCUUCUCCCAAGGAUUGCCCUCUCUCUUUCUAUGUGUGGCCACCCCUGUGUAAACGAGUGCCGAUCUGGGACGCUUGGCGGCAGUUUCUCGCAGGUGCACCCUGUUCGAAAGGCCCUCCCUCGGGAAUAACCAGCCGGUGCUGCUGGUGGUGCCGGUUGCAAAGCACGGUGAUGAGCGGGCGUAGCGGCCGCACGCGAAUCGCUCGAGGAUUCUCCCCUCGCAACACAUGCCAGCCAAGAGUAUAAGGAUAAUACCACCAACCAAGCAAAGAUUGUCGGGGGUGUAGCCUUUGUCAUCCUCGAGUUGCAUUCGACACGCAUCCUGCACCGUGUUUCGGCCUUUGGAUGGAUGGCUGAGAAACUUGAUGGCCUUGGCCGACACAACGAGCACGGACGUCUGCCCGCGUGGACUUGUCUACCCGCGAAGCUUCCAUCAGGUUGAGUCGAGAUGUUCAGAUGAUGCCGCACAGCGCAAGAUUACUUCAUCGAGCACAUUCUCAGCUGCCUCCAUCGGCCGCUUUUCUCUUGGCCGUGUGUGGGCGAAGAAUGGGCUCUAAAAGCCGAGACACGCCUGGGCGCCAGCUCUAUGGUAUAAAGGUCUUCACAAGGUCAACUUGUGAGAAUAUGCAACAUCUAAGAAUCGUGCGAUAACAAUCAACGACGCGUCAAUCCAGCCUCCAUCAGCCUAUUGCUAACUACAACUCCGUGUGACCUCAAUCGAGACUCAAAAGCAUCUCGAGGACAAUGACAAACUCCAAAGUCUGGUUCAUCACCGGGUGCAGCAGUGGAUUCGGUCGGGAACUCGCACUUGGUGCAUUGAGACGGGGUGAUAAAGUCAUCGCAACCGCUCGCAAUGCCAGCAAGCUUGAUGACAUCAAGACUGCCGGCGCUACGACGAUGAGUUGGGAUGUUACUGCGCCCUUGGAGGAUCUCAAGAAGGCAGCUGAACAAGCGCAUCAAGUUUACGGAAGAUUCGACUAUCUAAUCAACAAUGCGGGCUAUAGCCAAGUCGGCGGAUUGGAGGAACUCACACCGGAACAAACUCAAGCACAAUUCGCCACCAAUGUGUUUGGGCUAUUGAACACUACCCGGGCCAUUGUUCCGUAUAUGCGAGCACAACGGUCCGGAGUUGUGGCCAACUUCUCCAGUGUCGGUGCCUGGCGCGGUGUUGCGGGAGUUGGGCUAUACUGUGCUUCCAAGUGGGCCGUCAGUGGUAUCUCGGAAACUCUUUACUUUGAGCUGGCAGACUUCAACAUCAAAGUCUGCACCGUCGAACCUGGAUAUUUCCGUUCCAACUUUCUCAACGCUGGCAAUAAGCUGAAACGAGAGAAUGAGAUUGCGGACUACGAAGGAACAGCGGUGCGGAAGGGAGAGCAGUUGAUGGAUGAAUAUGACAACAAACAGCCAGGCGACAUCAAGAAGGGAGUCAAGGUCCUCAUCGAUGUCCUGACCGGCGAGACUGGUAGGGACAUCCCCAUGAGGUUGGUACUCGGACCAGAUGCGUACGGAACGAUCAGGGCCAAGUGCGAGGAGACCAUCAAAGGUCUGGACGAAUGGAAAGAGCUGACUUGCUCGACCGAUCUGGAUGAGAAGUAAAGGACCAGGUCCAACCCGGGUGUCCAGCUAUCACUUCGACUCUUCCUUGGAUAUUAUUGAGUGACGGGUAAAGGCCAAUGCUUGAUUGGAGCAGUUGGCUUACUCACCACACCAACCCCUCCAUCUCACAAAUCUGUCCGCAACAAUGGCUGCUGAAGUUCGUUUACCUGCAAUCUUGAUCGCUUUGUUCAUUGACAUCGGGCGUCUGCUGAGCCGGAUGGUGGAUUUCUAGCUGGAAGCCCAUGGUUUGCGGGUGCAGUCGUCCUUUCAUCAAGCACAGAAGCAGAACCAAAUACGAGAUCAUCUUGCCAUCGUGUCAAACGACGAGUUUAUGCAAGAGAGGUCUUCGUUGGGAGUCGGUUACUCUUCCGUUCCUGUCUUGGGCCUGUUGGAUCACUGACCCCCAUGUCGACCUCUCUCGAGCCUCUGCUGUUGGCCAUGUGGUCAAUCCCUAGGUACAUGUCACCCUCAAGUUCACACGUGGUCACCAGCUAGAAUGUCU